AUGUUGGAUAAAGCCAAGACACUCCAGCCUGCCUAUGUCGGGAUUGUGCCGCUUGUGUCAAAGCAAGGGAAGAGCUGUUCAAGCACAUAUCAGGAUUCAUAUCACAGCUUACGAGAAGUGCUGCAGUUGAAGCUCCAGCAGCGGCGCACACGGGAGGAGCUGGUGAGCCAAGGGAUCAUGCCGCCUCUGAAAAGUCCAGCUGCAUUUCACGAACAAAGAAGGAGCUUGGAGCGGGCCAGGACAGAGGACUAUCUGAAACGGAAAAUACGGUCCCGGCCAGAGAGAUCGGAGCUGGUUAGGAUGCACAUACUGGAAGAGACCUCGGCUGAACCCUCCUUGCAGGCUAAGCAGCUGAAGCUAAAGAGAGCCAGGCUGGCAGAUGACCUCAACGAGAAGAUAGCGCAGAGGCCAGGUCCCAUGGAGCUGGUGGAAAAGAACAUCUUGCCUGUGGAGUCGAGCCUGAAGGAGGCCAUUAUCGUUGGACAGGUGAACUACCCAAAGGUUGCAGACAAUUCCUCCUUUGAUGAGGACAGCAGUGAUGCCCUCUCCCCGGAACAGCCAGCCAGCCAUGAGUCCCAGGGGUCUGUCCCAUCACCGAUGGACUCCCGGAUUUGUGAACCUCUCCCUAGCACCACUGGCACACCGCUAGCUCAGGGUACAUCCCAAUUGCAGAUUAGCGCAGACUCCAGUGAAACACUUUUCCUACCUGAACAGCCACCCCCGCCUCUGCCACCUCCACCUCUUCUGCCUCCUAGUCUUACCAACGGCGCGGCUCUUACAGCUGCCAAGCCCCCACCAACACUCAUUAAGCAAAGCCAGCCCAAGUCUGCUAGUGAGAAGUCUCAGCGCAGUAAAAAAGCCAAGGAGUUGAAGCCGAAAGUCAAGAAGCUUAAAUAUCAUCAGUAUAUUCCCCCGGACCAAAAGCAGGACAAGGGAGCUCCUCCCAUGGAUUCAUCCUACGCCAAAAUACUGCAGCAGCAGCAGCUCUUUCUCCAGCUUCAGAUCCUCAACCAGCAACAGCAGCAGCACUACAACUAUCAGACCAUCCUGCCAGCCCCACCUAAGCCUCCGGGAGAGCAGCAGAGUGGUGCCGGUGCCUCUGCUGUACGCAGCCUCUCUGCCACAGUCAACAGUGCGUCUUCGAUAUCCUCUGGUUCCAGUGGGCUGAUGCGACAGAACAGUAAUGCUGCAGUGGGCAAGCCUGGCCCUCUCCCUGCCAACCUGGACGAGAUGAAGGUAGCGGAGCUGAAGCAAGAGCUGAAGCUGAGGGCCUUGCCUGUCUCGGGCACAAAGACGGACCUGAUAGAGCGUCUCAGAGCUUACCAAGAGCAGAAUGGUGCAGCCGGCCAAACUGCCCCCACUCCCAAGCCCAGCCCAGCCGGCGUCCUCCCAAAAGCUGCCGAAGUGGUGGUAGCCUUCCCGGCUGCCAGGCUGAGCACGGGGCCAGCCCUGGUCACCACUGGCAUUGCACCAGCAGAAGUAGUCGUGGCCACAGUCACCGGUGGAGGCGUGAUGAAGUUUGGCAGCACAGGCUCCACUCCUCCUGUUUCUCCAACUCCUUCUGAGCGUUCCCAAAUGAGCACAGGGGACGAGAACUCGGCCACCGGAGAUACCUUUGGAGAGAUGGUGACUUCCCCCCUCACCCAGCUCACCUUGCAGGCGUCUCCAGUGCAGUUCCUGGUGAAGGAAGAAAGCUCCAAGGCUGCCUCCUGCAGUGUAAACGCGGCACCCAGGUCGGAGCGGUGUAGCACCGGUAACAGCAGGGAUGCAGAGGUUCGGGACAAAGACCAGAUGCUGCAGGAGAAGGACAAGCAGAUCGAGGAACUCACCCGCAUGCUGAAGCAGAAGCAGCAGCUGGUCGAGAUGCUCAGACUACAGCUGGAGCAGGAGAAGCGCUCCCAGCAGUCACUCCCAGCGGCUGCAGGAGAAGGAACAGCCCUCGCCUCCAACCCCGUAGCAUUUGGCACCCAGGUGAAGAGUGAAAACGGUUUCCUGAGUUGCCAGUCCGCAAAGCAAUCCAGUGGCCAAACAGACCAAUUCAGCCCUGCACCGACCGCUAGCCAAAUGGACACUUCGAAUCCAAGCUCCGUGCCAAAGAAAGCCGUGAUGGUGAAGCAGGAGGUGCCAGCCGCAGAAGCCGAGCCACCGUGCCAGUCCCACAGCCCGCGGCUUUUCCUUGGCCAGCAAGGGAGCGCCCUGAGCGACCUCAUCAAGGGCACCCCUCCCCCCACCCUCAUCACCGACUCCACAGGGACCCACAUCGUCCUCACCGUGACCAAGCAGAGCGCCGAGAGGCAGGGCCUCUCACCCCACGGGAAGGCAGGGAGCAGCUGCCCGGCCUCGCAGCCCUCCUCGCAGCCCGGCUCUCCUGCUGCCCCUUCCCCGGCCCACAUGGACCUGGAGCAGCCGCAGCACACGUCGCUUUUUGGAACGCCGCCGCCUCCUCUCCCUGUUCCCUCGGUCCCAAUGAAAGAGCCACCAGGCUACGAAGAGGCUGUGAAGCAGCAGCCAAAAGCCCAGGAGAAUGGCUGUGCCAGCCAGCAGAUGGAUGACCUGUUUGACAUCCUCAUCGAAAGCGGAGAGAUUUCUGCUGACUUCAAGGAGCAGUCGUCUCCUGCCGGGAAAGAACCGCCCGUGGCCCCAGCCUGCUCCCCACCACCCAGCAGCCACCAUUCCUCAGAGCUGGCGGUGCCGGUCUCCCUGGGGCAGCCCGUGCCCGUGGGCCGGCUGGAGGACUUCCUGGAGAGCAGCACCGGCCUCCCGCUGCUGACGGCAGGCCACGAUGGGCCGGAGCCCCUGUCCCUGAUCGAUGACCUCCACAGUGAGAUGCUGAGCAGCUCAGCCAUCCUGGACCACCCGCCUUCACCUAUGGACACCUCGGAAUUGCACUUUGCUCACGAGCCCUCCGGGGGCAUAGCCCUGGAUCUGGCUGAGGCUAACUUGGACAGCAUGGACUGGCUGGAGCUGCCCGGGGGCCCCGCCCUGCCUCCCCUCAGCACUGCAGCCCCCAGCCUCUUUUCCACAGACUUCCUUGAUGGACACGAUCUGCAGCUGCACUGGGAUUCUUGCUUGUAACUCUGGGAGCAGAGACUGAAGGGAAGGGGAGUGGGAGGGCACAGGCAUGCUGGGGAAAGAGGCCAGUCAACCAAAAAAACCCGAAAGAAAGAAA